UAGGCAGCAGGACAAUGCUCGUGUUUGUGCAACGGCCCCUGAGUGGCGGCUGGCUCUCUCAGAUCGCUCUCGCUUGACUACCAUUGCUGCCUGCAUUGUUGAAGGGAAAGGAAAGUGGACAGUCUGAUCCUGCUUGUGGGUUGCUUCACCAGAGACAGAGUGAGAGAGACUGGGUUUUUGUGUGAAGUACAACAAAGCAGAAAGGCUGGCCAGAAGAGACAGAUUAAACUCUGGUGGGUCUGACCAUAACAGGAAAGGAGGGCGUCCAUCCCUGCCACACCAGGGAGGAGAAGAAGGCAGUCCAUUUCGACCACAUCAAAGGAAGCUGAGAAUGCGUUUAUGGUGAGAGUUCAGCUACGACGACGACUUUAGGCUGUGGGCUGAACUGUGGUAAAGAAGAGGAGGAAGACAAAUAGGGGGAGACGAGAGGAGUCGUAGUAUUGGGCCUGGGUGUGGAGCCCAAACACAUGCAGGAUGGGAGAGAAGAAAGUUAGUCUCCCCGCUAAGCUGAUUAAUGGGGGCGUGGCAGGCCUGGUUGGCGUGACAUGUGUAUUUCCUAUAGACCUGGCCAAGACCCGCCUACAGAACCAGCAGGGCAUCCAAGUCUACAAAGGAAUGCUUGACUGUUUGGCCAAGACGGUGCGCUCAGAAGGCUAUUUUGGGUGCUACAGAGGUGCAGCUGUGAACCUCACUCUAGUUACACCUGAAAAAGCCAUCAAACUGGCUGCCAAUGAUGUCUUCAGACAGAAGCUCUCCAGGGAUGGGCAUUUGCCACUGUGGGGGGAGGUACUGGCUGGGUGUGGGGCUGGAACCUGCCAGGUGGUGGUAACCACACCCAUGGAGAUGCUAAAAAUCCAGCUACAAGAUGCAGGAAGGCUUGCUGCACAAAGACCAAUGGCAGCACCAGCAGAGGCUGCUGCUGCUCCUGGUCCAGCUCCAUCAUUGGUGCCCCCCUCAUCACAAGCCCACUCAACCCCACCACAACGGCCCUCAGCCACAGGUAUCACUCUAAACCUGCUGAAGACUCGUGGCGUAGCUGGUCUCUACAAAGGGGCAGGAGCGACCUUAAUGAGGGAUGUCCCCUUCUCUAUGAUCUACUUCCCGCUGUUUGCCAACCUUAAUGCGCUGGGUCGGGAAAGUGCAGGUGGGCAGGCUGAUGUGCAGGCCCAGGCGCCAUUCUGGCAGUCCUUUCUGGCAGGCUGCUCCGCUGGCUCAGUGGCAGCUGUGGCUGUUACACCGCUGGAUGUAAUAAAGACCCGUCUGCAGACCUUGCAGAAAGGUGCGGGGGAGGACACAUACAGAGGAAUUCUUGACUGUACAAGGCGCAUCAUGAGGCGAGAGGGUCCAUCAGCAUUCCUGAAGGGUGCAACAUGUCGUGCUUUAGUCAUUGCUCCUCUUUUUGGCAUUGCCCAGGGUGUCUACUUUCUUGGGGUAGGGGAGACAGUAUUAGGAUUGUUGGGAUAGCAGUGCUAAGCACCGGUGGCAGCAGUUGUGUUGUUUCUGUGCAGAUAAUAUGCUGCUUUUGUUACACAGUGAGCAGAGAAUAUAGAGAGAGAGGAGAAAUACAGCCACAAUCCACUAACCAAAGGAAGCACAACAGUUUGGAAUAUACACGAAGGAAGCUUCAUUUACUAAUAUGUGGACUAGCAAGUUCACACUAAUGUUUCUCUAAGUUUUUACCUGCUGUAAGCAGGAUUCCAUAGGUUAAACAAGGUCCUUUUGUAGGUGUAUAAUUAAUGUGAGGUUGUGUGUCCCAAGCUGUCUUGGUUAUCCCAGGGUAGUUCCUGACAAUAUGCCUGGGCCUGUUCCUUUCACCUGAGAGAGAUUUUUGUUUUUCUAGAAGAACUGAUACAUAUUAUUUGAGCCUGCUAACUCAAAUACCCACCAACCGGACAAUUUCUUGGGCCUGUGCAUCACUUUAUUGAGAACAUCCCCUUUCAAGUGUCAUCUAAAACCCUUUACAGACAUGGAAUAUAGAACAUCACCGACCUUACCAUAUAGUUUUACAUUCAUUCAAAAGUGGCGGAGAGACCCCAUUGUAUAUCCCAUCCAAUACGUACAAAAGAAUGAAUCAGGGCAACGAGUAUUAUCUAUGUAUCAGCUUAAAUGAGCUCUCACACUCAUACUCACACUUUAAAAUUCUGUCUCUACUUAUUCUGACAUAGAGCAGGGUCUCUUUUUGUGCAAGUGCUGCAUGAUGCUACUAAGAUAGCCCCUUACACACACACACACACACACACACACACAUACACACACACACACACACACACACACACACACACACACACACACACACACACACACA